AUGCCGACCUCUCCAGUCCCCAGAAUCAUGAGUGACACGUACGAGGACACGGCGACGCAGGACGCCACGGAGCUGGGCGUCUCCGACGGGGACGACGCAGACGGGGAGUUUGAUGCCCCGACCGAGGAGCGCGCUCACUCCCAGCUCACCGUGGAGAACGUGCAGGAGUUCGAGCGUCAGCUAAGGCGGGAGAGCGAAUCACGGUCAUCGCGAGCAAGCCGCCGCACGCCGGUUCUCACCCCGAUUAACGGGAAACGGACUUCGAGUGCGAAGAGUAUACCAGGCGGGAAGGACAGCCCCAAACCCCUGCCUCCCAUCGGCGUUGGCAGUUCCAGUCAAGUAGCGAGUGAUGUAGAGAACAAGUCUGAGGAAAAGGAAGAGUCUACUGUCAUCGGUACAGAAAUAUCUGAGAAGUCAGGAACUACAGGAAAAUCUAGAUCUGGUUCCGCUCCCAGAAUCCUCUCCUUUAGAAGAGAGUCAGACCUAUCCCAGGAUGCAGUUAGUAGUUCUCAAAGUACCAAACCCCAGAAGCCACUAGUCCACCAGACCGCGGUGGACAGGUCGGAUGUCCAGCUGGUGACUGAGGCCACUCAGACCGAGUGGAGCUGGCUGGAGGACAUGCGGUCAGUCGGCCGGGCAAGCAAGGACCCGUCAGAGAUUCAAAGUGCAACCUUGUUGGGUGAGAUAGAAGAAAAGCAGCGAGAGAUGGAGCCUCCAGGUCCCCCUAAGCUGAAGAAGCGUGGUGGUAAGAAGCGUCGCACAUCGUCCCUGAGUCAGUCCAGUCACCGCACCCGGACCAGCAGCAUCUCAGAGUCGGAGGAGGACGAACUGGCCGAGAAAUCUGGAUCUGGAUCCAUCCCCGAGAUCAAACCCCAGCCACUGGAUCACGAGAUCCCCAUGCUAGAUCUCAGCUCAAGCUCCGAGGAUGAAAACGAGUUUGGGUACUCCAUGCAGAACGACACGGUAUCCCAGGAGGCCAUGCUCCCGAGCAUCGGGCCGCCCGCCAUCCUGGAGUACCAACGAGAGACCAAGAAACCUGACAUCAACUUUGAGCAACUGCAGGAACUGAAGGCUGGCACGAGUGACGAGGAGGGGGGUACUGGAGAGGGGAGUCUGUUCCAGGGGGUGUGCGAAUACUGCCACAAGAAGAUCAAACCCAUUCCCACUAAGGACCAACUCGAAACAGGAGAUCCUGCACAGUUGUAUUGCUGUGAAGACUAUCACCAGUUCCUGCUCUUCAUGUACGAGGAGAAGUCCAAGUCGGAGGACACGGCUCCGGUGAAAAUCGACAUCAAGCCUCACGCACCGUUUGGCAGCAAACAGGCACGGAGAGCGGCCAAGGAGAGAGCGGCACAAAGAAUGAAAGAACGGGAGGCUGAGAGACAGAAGAACCUGGCAGGGAUGAACCAGGCUAACUUCUUUGCCUUUGCGCGUCAGAUGAAGACGAUAAACUACCAGCUGUCAUCCCAGAAGUGCAUGGACGAAGGCUGGACAAUCCGACCCUCAUCACCCAUGGAGGAACUCCCACCUCCGGAGGAGAUCUACUGUCCAGGACCCAUCGAAAACACUCUGGCUCAGAGGGAUGCAGCAGACAGGGCGGCACAGCUGGCUGUGUUUGAUGCUUCUGGGUUUGCAACUUCCUACUUCCAGACUGGGACCAUCAGGAUGCACCUGACCCCUAUGGAAGGUUCGCUGUUCGAUGUUUACGGUGAGAAGCGUCGUGCGUGGCACUGGAAGGAUCAGGUGACCCACGUGCACGCGCCGCCCUUCCAGCCCAUCUGCUUCACACUCAACCGACACAUGUCCGUCCGGGUCAUGUCACAGGACCGCAUCUACCUAACCUUCACAGCGCAGGGCAAGAGUAUCAAGCUCAACGUGGGGACUAGGCUCAAGUUUUUAACUACAGAAUUCCCAGAGAAGGAAGAGGAUCUAGAAGAACUGUACCUUGAACAGAGUAAAACCAACGUAGAGACAUUAUUCGACAAGAUCCAGAACGUUCUAAAGUUCCCGAAGUGCACGAGACUGGACAAGCUGUCCCCCCCUCCACACCUCAGCAGUAGACUCACCCGUCUGAGUAAGACCCAGCAGCGACCAAUCAGCAGGCAGCGUUCUACUCGCGCCACGUCCACGUCAGCAUCACCCAUGGUCUUUGUUAAUUAGUGUUAAUUAAUCUUACAGAUUAAUUAAUUACAACAACAAUUACAAGAUCGACAUUGGAGUGAAUUGGAAUCACCCAUGAUCUUUGUUAAUUAAGUGUACUACUUCAACAAAUGAAUGUACUUUGGAAUUCUAUUACAAGAGUGGGGAAAAAUAAACUAUAAUUUAUUGGUGAAAAUGACUGUAGCCCCCAAUGUUUUGACACCUCUAUGAUCUGACAACUCAACCUACAGUCAUGUUCCAAUAAUUCUAACCCUUAAACCCUAUGUCAAAAUGUAGGGGCAUUAGAACAUGUGGUCAUCCCAAAUUUUUUGGCAUUUUUGUGAUCACAGAAUCAUGACAUAGAAAAAUGAAUUAUGACUGAAACAAAGAAAUUCUAACUAUGACUUAUAUAUUCCUUAACAUUGUUUAGAGUCAUCCCAGUUUCAGUGAAACAUAUAUUCGGUGACAUUUAAUAACAUCUACUAACUGUAGCAUUUCAUAUACAUUUACUAUCAGUGAAUAUGGAGUAAAGAGAGCUCUCAAUCUCAGUGAAAUGUCAAAAGGAUGCUUCUCAAAACAUACACUGUGUAUGUUUGCUCUGUUUUAUCAUGAAAAGUAUUAAAUGUAUGGCAGCAUAACUUUCAAGCUUAGCUUUGCCAGAAGUUAUUAUUUAAACUACAAUAUAUUUUAUGCUUAUGCUUAUUGCAAUAUGAUUCUUUACUUGUUGAUGUUGCCUGCAUUGCAUGACCAACAUUACGCUUUUAUAACCUGUACAUAUAACAGUUGGUGUUGGAAACUAUUUAUUCUACUUACUUUACUUGAAUGAGUAACAUAGACAUUGCAAUAUGUGCAUAUUGUUUUGUCUCAUUCGUUUUGAUAGGCUAUAUAUAUAGUCUAGAAGAAAUAACUGUAUUGUAUUGACAUUUAUUCGUUGUAUGAGAGCUUUUAUACAUGAUUCAAGUGAAAUCAUAUCAUUUGCAAUGUGAAAUGGAUAUACAGUAAAUGUUUGUGUUGAACCCUGCAUGACAUUAUAUUAAUGUGAGAAUGAUACUAAUAUUGUAAUUUGUCCGAAUGUUUGUUGAAUAAAGGGUU